AUGUACUUCUCUACCUCUGCUUCGGUCUUGUCUCUGGCCCUGCUGGCCCGCUCGGUCUCAGGGUCCCCCAUCCUCAAGAGCCGCGGAGUGACCACCAAGACGUGGAAGCCGACGGCGUUUGCUGCCGCCAGCCCUAACAAGGUCACCACGAACGUGCUGGAGCUGACUCGGCUCAGCGGAGCGAAGAACAGCCGCAAUGCUGCCUUCCUCAAGGGAUUGACCAAGUCGGGGAAGUCCAGCACCUCGUCGGGGUCUUCGCAGCUGAUCUCGCUCGAGGAGGGCGAGGAGUUCGCCACCUCCAUCACCAUCGGCACCGACACCUUCGAGGUCAUCGUCGACACGGGCUCCAGCGACACCUGGGUCGUUGAGACGGGCUUCCAGUGCGUGAAUCUGGACACGGGAGCGGACACGGACGAGGCCGAGUGUGCCUUUGGCUCCACGUGGACGGUGGAAGACACCUUCACCACGAUCGAAGGCGAGUUCUUCGACAUCGAGUACGGGGAUGGCGAGUAUCUCAGCGGCGUCAUGGGCUACGAGUCCGUCACGCUGGCGGGCAUCACCGUCACCAACCAGACCAUGGCCGUCGUCACCUCGGCGGCGUGGGAGGGAGACAACACCACGUCGGGUCUGACCGGGCUUGCCUAUCCUAGCUUGACGAGUGCGUAUUCCGAUACGACGGACGACCAGAUCGAGUACAACCCGAUCAUCACGAGCAUGAUCGACGACGGCCUGAUCUCGCCGCUGUUCAGUCUGGCCAUCCUGCGGGAUGUGUCCGGGCCGUCGGGAUACCUGGCGCUGGGCGGGUUGCCGCCCGUGUCGUUCACCGAGGACUUCACGACGACGCCGAUCGAGAUCACGACGGUGGAGGGCUACCCGACCACGUACGACUUCUACACCAUCUCGAUCGACGGGGUGACCAUCAACGGCAAGUCGGUGUCUUCCAGCGGGGCGUCGGCCAAGUACAUUGUCGACUCCGGCACGACGCUCAACUACUACCCGACCUCGAUCGCCAACGAGGUCAACGCCGCGUUCGACCCGCCGGGCGUGUACAGCGAGGACGACGGCGUGUACAUUGUCGACUGCGACGCCAAGCCGCCCACCCACGGCGUAACCAUCAACGGCAAGACCUUCACCAUCAACCCGCUCGACAUGAUCCUGUGGGCGGGCACGGACGACGAGGGCAACUCGAUCUGCAUCAGCGGGGUGGACGACGGCGGCAGCGACGCCGACGAGGAUGUGUACAUCCUGGGCGAUACCUUUCAGAAGAACGUCGUCACUGUCUUUGACGUGGGGGCCGUCGAGAUGCGCUUUGCGCCGCAUGUGGACUAUGAGUCGAACGACACUUAUUAG